AUGGCAGUGCCACUUUGCGCGUCGGCGCGCACGCACCUGGCAGCACUCGAGCGACGCUGGGCAGGAUCGCUGCACCUAGCGAUGCUCGCUACACCCCUGCGCAAGUGCAUCGUCACCACCAAGGUUCUCCCCACCGCACUCAUGGUGCAGCUCAAACCGCUGCGCCUCCCACCGGCGCCCGAGAGCGCCAAGUCCAACAGCACAGAGAUCAUGAUGCCCGAUCACAUCUUACACCCAAAGUUCAAGCAGCCACGCAAGGGAAAGGGGUGCUGGAUCAGUGUCGACGCAGGCAUCCUCGAACAUGCGCGCAAGAGAGGCGUGUACAAGAUGGUGAGCAAUGCGGCGCUCAUGUUGCCAAGCACGCGCGAGCUGGUGGGCAAACAGCUCGAGGAGCGCGUGGUUCAGGAACUCCAAUUGCUCGAGAGCCACUUUGCGCACGGCAGAAACGGUCCCUUCACCACCAAAGAGGCGCACCAGACGGCGUUCGAAAUCUCCCACCAUGCAAGCCACGCAACACAUCCCGUCUUCCACCCCGACUUCACCCACGAAUCGCACAAAGCAGAAUUCAAACAUCUCUUGGCCAAGAUCGCACACACGUCAGAUACAAACACAUUGGCGGUGCGCAGAUCGCCAGUCACCAUACCGCUCGGUGUGGCUCUGUACCGCCUGCAGCUCUGGACUUCCUCUCUGCAUGCGCCAGCCUGA